UGGCUGUGUAGGUCCUUUCAAACAUUUAACCCAAACAAAACAAAGGUUCAUUUUCGUUAUUUGUAAGAUUUUUUAUAAUGCACACUGGACCUAAGUAGUUUCCCUAUAAAUUGCAAGCUGAUUUGAAGUGGAAAACAAGAGGAAAAGAAGCAAGAGAGCAUCCAUAUUAGUACUUGCUAAACCUUUCAAAAGAUUAAAAAACAAAAAAAAAGAAGAAGCUACCUAUAGAGAGAGAAUGGAAGCAUUACCGAGACGAGUUGCAUUUCAGUCGAAAUACAAUUCAAAGUACUUGAGCUUCAUCCCUGACAACAUCGAAGAGAUUGAAGGAUUCUUGCGGUUCUCCGGAGACAAAGUUGUGUCGCCAUUCACAAAGUUCGAAGUGGAGCGUGCACACAACACGAGGGGAUCGCUGGUGCACAUAAGAUGCGUGUACAACAACAAAUACUGGCGCAAGGAGAACCCAAAUGUUUCGUGGAUUAUGGCCUCGGCCGAUGAGCCGAACGAGAACCGUUGGGAUGGGUUAUGCACCUUGUUCGAGCCGGUCUACGUGAACGGGAAAGAUCCUACGGAAGGAGUUCGGUUUCGACAUGUCCAAAGCAUGAACUAUGUGUGUUUGUGGCUUGCCGGAGAACCCCAUACUUCCUGUUUGUUUGCGGGUUCCGCUGAUCCUAACAGUGAAUUGCGCGAUGUUUUCACGGUCACUGAUUGGGAAAACUUGGUUAUAUUGCCCAGGAAUGUUACCUUCAAAGGCGAUAACGGUUUAUACCUUGAAGUAAUUUAUGAAUCUGGAAACAUACAUCAGAAGUUCUCAGCGAACGACCCCGCAGCUUUAGGUGGGAGGUAUGAGGUAUUCACUGCCAACAAUGGCACCGUCCUCAUCAAGUCUCUUCGUCAACGAACGUUUUGGAUACGCAGCACUUACGUAUUUGCAGAUGGAAGAGUAGAUUUUGAGGUUAACCAUUCAUCUUCCAUAGAUAACACCAAGAUUAGCAAUGACUUGUUGUUUCUGCCCAUCAAAGUUGGAGACAAUAAGGUGGCUCUCCGCAGCAUAAAUAACUAUCUCUUUUGCAACCGCAUAGCCGACGACGAAAAUCGUUUGAGCAAAGCGGCGCUCAUAAUUUCGAGGGAUGCUAUUUUUGAAGUGUCGGAAGCUAUUGUUUGGAGGGAAAUUUACAAUGUUGAUUAUCACCUUCAGCACUCGAGGAUCAAUAAGCAGGAUCCCGUCACAAUUAAAACCGUGUAUGUCGAGAAUACUUCCUCGGAACCCAAAACUCAGGUGUUGAAAUUCAGCGCCAUGGGGACAACGACGACCACCACUACUUGGAGGAACAGUGUUUCCUUAAGGUUGGGAGUUAAGGCGAAAUUCAAAGCGGAAAUCCCUGAAAUUGUGGAUGGAGAUAUUAUCAUAUCAGAUGAGUUUAAGGGAACAUACACCUGGGGCGAAGAUAAUGUGACGAUCCCGACACUAGAGAAUACAUGUACGGUUCCGGUGCCGGCAAGGUCUAGGGUUAAGGUGAGCAUGUUGAAAACUAAGGUAUCAUGUGAAAUUCCGUUCUCGUACACCCAGCAUGAUAUGCUUAUUGAUGGAAAAUACGUUACCUACGAAAUGGACGAUGGUGUUUACACUUACGUCAAUUCCUCCAACAACUUUAGGAUCGAUGAAGCAGAACCACUAGUGUGAGUGUUGACUGUGUUGCCGUUGACAAUAUGAUUGAUUGCUCUAGUACAUGAAACUAGCUCUGUCCCCUUCUUAUUAAUGAUGCAUUAAAGAGGUUGUUGAUUGAACUGUGUGCAUGUGAUGUGGACUCAUAUGUUUAUAAUAUGAGUGUUACAUAAAUUAUUCGGUUCUAACAACCAUGUAGAGAGGUAAUUUUAUUCUGGCAUUUUAAUAAAAUUGGGGGCAUAUAUGCAUAUGCAUGCAACUCAUCUAUCGUUCCGAUUCCGUUAAAAAGUUGUAUUUAUUUUGGGCUACAAUUAAAUAACUUGUGUAUCUUAAUAGUCUAUUUGUUCAACUGGAACAUUUGGCUUCCACUACGAUUAACGCUGGGUAGCCAAAUAUAGUUUACUCAUUUUACAAGUUCAUUUUGUACUUUGUUAAUUUGAUUGGGUGUUACUCUUUCG